AGUGCGACUCGUCAGACCGCGUCAGACCGCAGCGAUGAUCCGCUGAGCCGCAGACUGCAGCUCCGCUCAACGGCGAACCAGCAGCAACUCCGAUUAAACCCGUGAAAUAAACCACAGAAUGACGCCACCUUCGCCGUGACGGAGCUCUUGGCUCCGCGGGGCCCCCCAUGGUCCAUUUCCCGGGGGGCAGACCGAGGCGCGCGGCCUCAAAACCGGGACGGUCGGAGAUGUUCGACUCGUCGUGGCGGGUGCGCAGCAUCUGGGACGGGGUGAGGCUGGAGGUGUCGGAGCACCGCGGCCCGGUGGUGCUGCACAGCCUCACGCACCUGGACCCGGACCUGCCGCUGCUGGAGAGCUCGACGCAGGAGAUCGCCGAGGAGGCCGAGGAGGACGCCAUCUUCACCAUCACGCUGAGGAAGGUGCAGCUCCACCAGUCGGCCAGCAAAGGGCAGCGGUGGCUGGGCGUGGAGACGGACUCCGCCCUCAGUCUCUACGAGACCUGCAAGGUGCGCACCAUCAAGGCCGGCACGCUGGAGAGGCUGGUGGAGUACAUGGUGUCGGCCUUCAGGGGCAAGGACUCCACCUACGUCACCAUCUUCCUCUGCACCUACCGCUCCUUCGCCUCCACCAGGCAGGUGCUGGACCUGCUGCUCAACAGGUACGCAAAGCUCCAAAACGCGCCGGCAGCCGCGGCCCACCGAGUGUCCCAGGACGACCGCACCGAGCUCAGGAACACCGUCUCGUCCAUCCUGGGCGCGUGGCUGGACCAGUACUCGGAGGACUUCUGGAGCCCCCCGAGCUACGACUGCCUGCACCAGCUCAUGUCCUACCUCCACCGCCACUUCCCCGGCUCGGACCUGGAGCGCCGCGCCCGCAACCUGCUCGCCCACUUCCACCGCCGGCAGCAGCAGUGUGAGCCCGAGCCCGAUGGCGAACACAUCGGCUGCCCCUUCGCUACGCAGGAGGAGAGCGGCUUCGAGGACGAGCUUCCUGCCUUCAGCUUCCUGUCCUUCGACCCCAUCAUGGUGGCGGAGCAGUUCACGCUGAUGGACGCGGACCUGUUUAAGAAGGUGGUGCCCUACCACUGCCUGGGGGGGAUCUGGUCCCAGCGGGACAAGAAGGGCAAGGAGCACCUGGCCCCCACCAUCAGGGCCACCGUGGCCCAGUUCAACUCCGUCACCAACUGCGUCAUCACCACCUGCCUGAGCAACCCCACCCUGAAGCCCAACCAGAGGGCCCGGCUGCUGGAGCGCUGGAUCGACGUGGCUCGGGAGUGUCGGAUCUUGAAGAACUUCUCGUCGUUGCGAGCCAUCCUCUCCGCCCUGCAGUGCAACGCCGUCCACCGCCUGAAGAGGACCUGGGAGGAAGUGUCACGGGAGAGUUUCCGCACCUUCCGCGAGCUGUCGGAGAUCUUCUCAGACGACAACAACUACUCCCUCAGCCGAGAGCUGCUGGUGAAGGAGGGAACCUCCAAGUUCGCCACGCUGGAGAUCAACCCCAAGCGAGCUCAGAGGAGACACCAGCAGCAGAGAGACCUGGGCGUGAUGCAGGGGACGAUUCCCUACCUGGGGACCUUCCUGACCGACCUGGUGAUGAUGGACACGGCCAUGAAGGACCACACGGAGGGCGGUUUGAUCAACUUCGAGAAGAGAAGAAAGGAGUUUGAGGUGAUCGCUCAGAUCAAACUGCUCCAGCUGGCCUCCAACAACUACAGCUUCACCCAGGACGCCCACUUCAGGGAGUGGUUCUCAGGGGUGGAGAAGCUGAGCGAGGCCGAGAGCUACAACCUGUCCUGUGAGAUUGAGCCUCUGUCAGAGUCGGCCAGCAAUACGCUGAGGGCCAAGAAGAACGGAGGAAUCAUGAAGCGCUGGAGCGACCGGCAGUUGACGGAGGCCGGCUGCAGCGGCGUCCCGGGCUCUCACUCCAAGUCCUUCGACCACUCGCACUACAGGCCCUACCAGGGGGGCGGAGGGGGCGGGGGGGACAGCGGCGACGCCCUCAGCGUCACCUCCGUCAGCUCCAGCGGGUCGGACCUGGAGGACGUGAACGCCAGCUUCCUGUCCGACUCUCCGGAGGGACACGAGAGGAAGACGUCGACUCCCUCGGUGAAACUCACCGUCUCUGCUCUGGGGAGAGAAGCUCCGGCAGCCGAUACGACGUCAACGUUCUGGGAGUGCACGUCCCUGUCCUCCCUGGACACCUCCGGCUCGGCCUCGGGCUCCAGCAGCGCCUCCUCCUCCUCCGUCUCCUCCUCCACGCCGCUCUCUGCCUCCCGCUCACACAAGCGCUCCGCCUCGGCGGUGUCCAACUACUCCACCCUGUCGCUGCCGCUGUACAACCAGCAGGUGGACGACUGCUGCAUCAUCCGGGUCAGCCUGGACGUGGAGAACGGAAACAUGUACAAGAGCAUCCUGGUGACGAGUCAGGACAAGACGCCGGCCGUCAUCAGGAAGGCGAUGAUCAAACACAACCUGGAGCGGGAGAAGACCGACGAGUACGAGCUGAUGCAGAAGAUCUCCGAGGACAAAGAGCUUCGUAUCCCGGACAACGCCAACGUUUUCUACGCCAUGAACUCCACUGCCAACUACGACUUUGUGCUGAAGAGGCGGGGCUUAGCGCGGCCGCUGCGCGCCAAGAAUGUGACCAGUUCCACGCUGCCGCGCAUGAAACAGAAGGGACUGAAGAUCGCCAAGGGGAUUUUCUGAGGAAGAACUCGCCCCCCCAACACCCCCCCCCACCCUCCCCUCCCUGGUCUCCGCCCCUCAGGGGAAACACUUGCGUCCGGAGCUGAAGUCUAUCUGAGUUUUUGCUUUUGUUACGGGGACGCAGGGGGAGACGAGCCCCCCCCC